AUGGGCAGUGUUGUACCUAAAUAUAUUCGCGCCUGCGGCGCAAUUUUUUUUAGCCUAGGAUGCCGAUUCUUAACCACAUUUGCUGCGAUAAUUCUGUUUGUAACAGGACUUGGGGGCAGCGAACGGCCGGACGUGCCCAUAUAUGGUACACACGAUUACAUCGCACAUGCCAGGGCAGAGAUUGGAUCAGCCGGCGAUAAAUUGAUCCUCUGUGAAUUUAACUCUGACUGUAUAAUAUGCCUGGAUGACUUUAAAUCGCAGUGGGAUAAGCCGGUCAACCUGACUGACACAAUUUCACUCAAAUCUGCGUGUAAUAAAGACAGUCAGUCAUCCUUCUAUUCUAAUAUUAAGAAGACUAAUGUUACUGGCAAGUCUCUUUGCUACCUUGCAGAAUGGACCCGCGAGUCCACUCCCAAUUUUGGUUAUAUCAUAUACCACAUCUGCCACGCCAGUACCUCGCUCGUCCAGGUACUGGUGGCGGCUCCCUUCGAGCUCAAAGUACGACAGUACUCGACUGGAUAUAUAGAUAUUUUAAUGUCUGGGGUGGUUCUGGACUAUAUGGAAGGCCAAAUCGAAUACUGCGAUGAUAAGUCUAACCCGGUGGUAAUUCCUAUUGGGGUUUCUGAGACAGAGGAGGGCAUAUUUGCAAUGCUACGCGUAAUAAGCAAGACACGCAAAAAGGCAUGUAACAGGUUACUAGUGACUCCGCGUGCUGCCAAAAAGCAAGAGUUCCCAAAAUUGAAAAGGGGAUUUGCCAAUUCAGUUUUAUUUUAUACUAUUUCAAAUACUUACAAAGUAGAUAAAGAAUUGUGGUGGGAUCCUGGUGAAUACUGGGUAGUCAUGGUUGAAGGGAUUCCAAAGGAAGCAAAUGUGAACUUUAUGGUUGUUUCUGAACGAAGUAGAGAUGGAUCUCUUUCCUACUGUGGAAAUAAGAAUCCUAGAUGGCAUUCACAGGUGCACAAAUCAUCAUACAACAAUACUAGGGAAAAGUUUGUUUGUAAAUUGAAUCACCCUAACUACAUCGAUAUGGCAUUGAUCUGCGCUUGCAUUCUGCCUUCCUGUUCGGAACCCAUAAAUUUUAACAUUUUAGUUGACAAUGUCUUGUUAAAUGGCGACAAAUUAACCUAUGCUAGGGUGGAUCCAUUUGGUGUGGUUUCUGUGUACCAAUUGGGAGGGCAUACUGUAUCAACAAGCAUAGCAUUGGUUCCAGCAUUUUUUAAAAAGUGUUCAAAUGCCACCAGCUACAUUAGGUACUUAACUCGGGCCAGACCGCCCCUUUAUCUCCUGCCCCUUGAAUUUUAUAGUGACCUGGCUACAACAGCAAAGUACUCAGCGUCUAGUUCAUUGGCUUUAAAUGGCAAAAUUAAGCUUGUAGAGAAUGUAGAAGAUACGCUUGACUGCCCUCCCUAUGAUCUUGAUAACUCAUUUCAAAACUUUAUUAAUAGGAAAUAUCAUAGCGUUCCUUUGACAUCAAUUAGCUACAGAUCACAAGAAAGGGAGCGAAUUUAUAUCGACAACAAAUCAAUCCUAACAUUUCAACCGAACUUUAGUUUUUACUACGGCGGCACUACAUCUAUGCACGAAUCCUUGAUGAUUCCGCAUUUCCAUUUUGGAGGAAACCUACCAUACAUGGUGUGUGAAUGCGCCAGCAGUUCCAGGACUGGAUGUGGGGCCCCAUCUGACUUUAUUAAAGAGGCAGGAGUGGUAACAGCUAACCCUUUGUAUGGGAGUUUUACCGAGAUUCGUUUGAACCUUGACAGGGCAGUAUUUGUUGCAUACAUAGACGCGAAUAUUGGCGCGACUGGCGGUUUAUUCAAGGUGGUGUGUGAAGGAGAUUCUAUAGGGGUUAUUGUUUCGGCUAAUUUCGGUGGAAAGAAGGUUUUGCCCGGCGGUGUUGAGGUCCGCGAGAUCAUAUCAGCUCCUCUGCAGCUACAUAUGGCCGUCACAUACAUGCUUUAUUUUUUCCCCCUUUAUGGAGACACCUCCCCAGCAAGCCCCAAGGCAGAUACCUUGGGCGUACCGUUUAAAGCAGACGAUUACAUUUCCAGGCUAAAGUCUGAGGAAUUGGGUCAAUGGUACGAAAACCCCACAACAGGGGCGUGGGCAAAGGCAGUGAAAUAUAGCGCCCUUUCUAGCGGAAAAUCAAUCAGCAUCGCCAAGUCUACUGAUGGUGAACUAAUUAAGAAGCUCCUUUCCUACAGAUACCAAUUAUUGGGCAACUUUGUAAGGCUUUUGAAUACGUCAACAUUUGAUUCUGUGGGGCAAACAUUAAAAAAAGAUUUUGAUAAUGCCAAAGACGUAUGCAUGGGAAAAUACUGUGAGUUUGUCAUUGGAGGGAGAGUUACCAAGGUACAAAGUGAUGACGAUAGGUGGCAGUACCUUUCAACUUUUACCACGCCAGGGUACUACGAAGGACAGCUCUUGCAUAUGAGCAGCGGCAGUAAUUCCUAUCUGGAGCUGAGAGGCAGGGGCCUUGUAUUUUAUAACUCUGGUGCCGUUGUACUUUUGAAGAAUUUGGACGCAGACUGCCAGUCUCUUGGAAAUACCUUCGAUAAGCUAAAAAAAAACAACAUCUAUUUUGAAAGGGACAAAAUUCUUAAAGGGGUGUCAAAUAAACCUGGAUCCAGAACUGAAUUUGGGAUUGAUGGAUUAGUUGCGUCUAGUAAGCUGAGCAAGUUGACACCCGAAGCCCUGGGGUUUACUUUCGAACCCCCAGUGGAGGCAGGGCUGUACAAGGUCUGUAGCACCGUGGGUGAUAAACCAGUACACAUUGGGUUUGUCAACGCGGGAAACUCCCAGUAUUUGCUCAUAGACAUUGAGCCAAGUAGUGAUGUUAAUGCAAUAAUUUCUCUUGGACAUAUUUACAUCCUAGAUGACAGUAGAAUGUCACAUUUUCUCAUUAGGCCCGGUAAUUUCGGCGUCGAGAUGGUAAAUGUGCCGCAUUCCGGAGCUAUUGGGCAGUUAACUAUAUCAAUGUGCCUGUUUGGCGAGCUAGUAGUGAUAUUAAAGCACUAUCAUCUGUUUUUGCUCAGCAAAGAUAUGACUAUUAUUAACCAAAUAAAGAUUGUCCAUAAUGGGGUAUCUUCGAGGCCUUUGGCCGUUUUUGCGUCAGCCUAUCUGAUUUAUGUUUCAUUUGGAGGCGAAAUCCACUCUUAUGUAUAUGAUGACACCAGUAGAAAGCUGCUCUACAAGGGUAGGGAGGCGUUGGUGGAGGGGAUCGGAUCGGUCAGCUGGUUUAGCGUGAACGAGUCGGAUAGGGGAUUGAAAUUAUUCAUCCUUGAUAACGUUUCUCGCGUAUUUUAUGUGGACCUUGGUAGAUCAAGGGUGGUAAUUCCCUGUGAUAGGUACGGCAUAUGCCCCUACACACGUUUUCAUCAGAGUAAUUCAGCCAACGAGCUUUACGUUAUAUACUUUUAUGCCCCUCUCCUCACGCAUAUGGGCAUUAUGAUACUCGAUUUUGCAGGGGAGGUGGUAGGGUUCAGGAGGAUACCUUUUGAUGAACAGAUAGUAACGGUGGACACGACCGGGGGUGAAUUCCGUUACUUGGCCCUAUCCCACUACAAGGCUAGUACCGGUUCUGGGGCAGGGCUGGUCUACAGGGUAAUGAGUUUAUCCGUCCUUAGCAGGGUGUCUGUAAGUUAUCCCACGUUGUUAUUUCAGCUAAAGCAAAAUGUAAGCUUUAGAAUUUUCCCGCGCAUUGAUGGCAACUUUAAAUACAGCUACGAGUGGCUGAAUAGGGAAGAGCACACAGGAAGUGGUAUUUUUUUUUAUGAUAAGAAAGGGAUGAUUUAUGGUACGCCGAAUGGUGUUGGCAACAUGAAAAUGUUGAUUCGCGUUUCAGAUCCAUUCGGACACAUUGAUAUGGAGGUAGAAUUUUUCGUCAAUUGCGCCUCGGGCUUUACUUUGAAAUCAAGCGAUUCCGAAGCACCAGGGGUCAGCGAAACCAAGUUUAUUUGCGACAAGUGCGCUAUUGGGAGCUACUACGACAAGGCAUCUAAGUCCUGCAUAAAAUGUGCCGAGAACUCGACCACAGAGACAAAUCUCGCUUACAAUAAAUCAUUUUGCCUCUGUAGCCCUGGCCACUACCUGAAGGGGGGCAAGUGCCUGCCCUGUGAGGCGGGCACAUUCAAGGAAGUCCUGGGCAACAGCCCCUGCUACGGACGCUGCCCACCCAAUACCCACAGCUCGGUGACGGGGGCUACGGGGCUUGCCCAACUAGGCUGCGUGUGUAACCCCGGUUACUAUAAAAGCGGCGAGGGUGGUGAGAUAGAGCAGGUCUGCUUGGCAUGCAACGAGGGGUUUUACUGCCCGGGAGGGACUCACAAAAAGGUGAAGUGCCCCGAAUUUAUGAGCACCGAAGGGCCAGGUGCCAGCAGCCUGGAGGAUUGUAUGUGCAAUCCCGGCUAUCGUAAAAGCAGUGAGGGCGGGGAAUGUGUGCCGUGCGACUACUUGUCGUACAAGGAAACGCUGGGCAACUCAAAUUGUUUGCCCUGUACGGUCCAUGGCGGAGAUGGCAUGGGCGCGUCCUUUUCAAUGAUGAAGGCGUCUACCAGCAUACUCAAUUGCAAGUAUUGCUCCUUCGGAUACUACAAAAGAAACGGGCAGUGUAUGCCAUGCCCCAAGGGCAUGUACUGCCGCAGGGCCAUAAUUCCAUGCGGGCCAAACAUGACUACGCGCGAGCGGUCCAGCACCAGUCCCUUGGACUGUAUGUGCAUGAAGGGCUACGGGUUGAGACUGGGUUCCAGGAACCCACUCACCGGGCUGGCAAAGUGCGAGCCAUGCAAGCGCGGCACCUUCCAGCACCUGGAUGGCGCAGACAUCGCGUGUCUGCCCUGCCCUGCGGGUUCUACCACUCUUUACGAGGGCGCCACGUCGUUUAGUGACUGCGUGCCCAUCCCGGGCUUUUACAUCUCCGAGCCCCCUCCCAAGCCCAAAGGGGAUGAGGCUAGUAAGGAUAAGGCUAGUAAGGAUGAGGCUAGUAAGGAUAAGGCUAGUAAGGAUGAGGCUAGUAAGGAUGAGGCUAGUAAGGAUAAGGCUAGUAAGGAUAAGGCUAGUAAGGAUAAGGCUAGUAAGGAUAAGGCUAGUAAGGAUAAGGCUAGUAAGGAUAAGGCUAGUAAGGAUAAGGCUAGUAAGGAUAAGGCUAGUAAGGACGAGGAUAUGGAGCCUCUACUAAAGUGCGGGAGCGGUUUGCUGAGGCCUGGCGAAUACUCCACGACUAUUCUUAGGACCACACUAAAAGACUGCAUCGAAGAGUGCAAAAUUAACAUUUACUGUACGGCUGUAACCUUUUCCAUGCAUAACGUCAUUCCAGCGCUAUCUGUUAAAGGCUUCACGAAUGCCCUAGUCCACAACAUCGCCUACUGGCCUUGCAAACUCGAAUUUUUUGGACGGCCAGAAAUCGAUAAUCCAGGAUAUCUGCUGGAAGAAAACAAUAUUGGUAGUUCGGAUAACCACAAGGACCUGGUUUUUCUGGGAUCCGUUUCAUGCACCUUUGAGCGACCCCAACAAUCCUGGAUGAAUCGCAUUUUCGUCCCAUGUAAAAAGGACCACUACUGCACAGGUCAAUCCUAUCCAAUCCCCUGCCCCAGUAACUCCGUCACUAUGGCAAGGGGCGCAUCGACCCCCGAAGACUGCAUGUGCGUUUCUGGCUUCCAUCCCUCUACGGCUGGCUCAGAACGCCAUUGCGUCCCAUGCCCUGUAGGCCACUACAAAAGCAACACUUCCAACGCUUCCUGCACACCUUGCGGAGAUAACAUGACCACCAUCUCAACCGGCUCACAUAGCUUUUCACAGUGCACAUGCCUACCCAUUUACUACGCCGUUCAGACAGAGGCCACUGCCGCGGUCCUAGGGACGGGCGCCGCAGGGGGGGUAAAAUGCGUUAGGUGCCCGAGCUCCUACUACUGCCUGGGCUACUGGAUGGAAACCACAUUCCAAAGGGCACAUGCAUUUCCCCAACCCUGUCCUAACAAUUCCCAAAUGCCCAAUGACUUUUUAGACCACUCAGCUCCCACCAGCUGUCGCUGCCUCCCUGGCUACUCGGUCACCUCGCGCAUCAACGGAAUUGUCACGUGUAACAAGUGCCCUCGUGGCACCUUUAAAAAUGCGCUGGGCAAUUCGCCCUGUAAUGGAUUUUGUAUGGCUCUUUCCACCUCCUACCUCGGUUCCAGAGUCGAAGCCCAAUGCUUUUGCCGCUACGGCUCCUACCUCGCUAUAACGCCCCGCGAGGGAGUCUUGGGGCUUGAGUGUGUUAAGUGCCUCGAGGGCGGGAUUUGCCUAGGCGGGUUCGUUAAUUUACCAGGGCCUAGUUUUAACCCGCGGAGCGCCACUACAGACGGUGAAAAUGCGGUUGGAUACAAAGAUAUGUUUCUAGUUGCGCUUAGGCACAGUCGUCCGUUGCCCAGAUUUGGGUACUAUCCCAUGCAUAUUCCAAAUUCCUCGCACCACGGGUCCAGGUCUAGUUUAUGGACGCCAAGUGGCGACUAUAAGACGUCGCUUACACAGGACGACUGGACGUAUGAUUUGUCCCCAGAAUUCCACGCCUGUGUUUUGCCCGAGAGGUGUCCCGGUUUUUUUGGCCCUGCCUGUGUCCCCGGUACGCAAGGGUAUUUGUGCAGUCUCUGUAACUCCGCGCACGAUACCUUCUACUACGGAGGCCCCUGCGUUCCGUGCCGGCCGCUUUUGCAGGAAAUUUUGCUAUUUUUACUGCCCAGAUUUGUCGUUUCAGCGCUUGUGUUCUUUUUUCUUCGCUACAUGCGCGCGCUGGGGCGCGGCAGUAUAAGUGCAAAUGCGAUCUUCGUCAAGAUCUGGCUCUUAUAUGCACUGUCGGUUGUUCCCUUCGGUAUGCUGGCCUCCACUUCUUACUCGUCCCUGGCCAGAUUCACUGGCGCCUACCGCCUAAUCUUUUACGCCUUCAUUUACCUCUUCGGACUCAACGUUAGAGUCGGCUGCUUGCUGCCAAGGCUGGCCUCUGUGCUGGCCCAAAGGUUCCCCAUUCAUAACCCCUUUGUCUCCGUAUGGUACCUUCAACGCCUCUGCAACGUUCUGGCUCCUAUGGUGGAUCUGCUUAUCGUGGCGUGCGUUCUAGCCCUGGUCGGUCUCGUCAGGCACCGCAAGCGCUUCUCCAGAUUAUACGCAGAUUUUUUUGGCGCCUUUGCGGUGCUGGCAUACCUGCAUACCCCCAUGGCAAUUUUUAACGCCUUGCAAAUGUCCCAUUGCGUUGCCACUUCUUACGCGAAGCAGAGCCCCCUGCAGGUGCUCCUCAGCAUGCCUGUUGUGACCUGUAACCCAAGCGACCCGUUCUUUCGGUUGGGGCUUAUAUCCGCCCGAGUGAUUUUUUUUUCUUGUAUUAUUUAUUGGACCUUAGUCGUCUAUAUGUUAUGUACCAACAAGAACGGGACGUUCCAUCGCCUGCACGGGUUUAUGUACAGCCGCAGGCUGUGGGAUAUUUUUCUCCAACUGCGUUGCGUGGCCACUGUUUAUUUGGUGGCAGCUCCCCCAUUAUUGGACCCCAGUGGGGAUUCUGAGAGCCUGCGUAAUAAGCUGAAUCUUAUGUUUUUUACGUUGCAUUUAUCGCUACAUAUAUACAAUUCCCCAUAUGAAAAGUGCGAUAACGACAUACUUAAUGGUAUUGAGUCUUUAUUUCUCGUUACUAACGUAGUGACAUGCACUAUUUUUCACUGGAGCUACUACUACGACCUCCGGGGCAUUGCCGCCCUGCCCAUCGCAGCUUCGCUUUAUUCUCACCUGGCUUUACUGCGCUGCCUUUUUAUUGGGCACGAAAACCGGCGCCGUUUUGGUUCUAUUCUUUCUGUGCCCGGCGUAUCUGUGGAAUCUGCUUCAUGGCACUGGUUCGUUGCUACCUGUCUUUCGCACCACGUCAAAUUGUGUGACGCAAGAAUUUAUCUGGACUACAAGUCCCAAACCCUUUUGAUUGAGCCAUCAUAUUACAGUUUUUCGGGGGAAUGGAAGGACGAAAUCGCUCGUUAUCGUAGUGGCUCCAGGCCCCUAAGGCACCGUCCCCUGGGGCCAGUCCACAUUUCAUCGUUGAUAAGGACGAUUUCUGAGUCAUCGUUGAUUAGUGGACUGAGGAGGCGUUCUAUCGAUUUGCCACAUUCGGCGCAGUUUUUUAUCGUUCGUUAUGCAUUCUGGUACAGUUUUUCUAGGAAGUUGAAUAAUAAGCACCUUGUCUUUCCUGAGGCUAUCGUUUCCCGUCACAUUUUCACUGCAUUAUUUCGGCGUUCCGGAGCCGUUUCGGGGGGUCGUCUUGAGCUUAUGCUGGCAGAUAUUGCUAAGUUGGGGCAAGUUCCUUCUGCUAGGGUUCUUUGUGACUUCAGAAAGCUUUUUGGGUCUUCUGACGUGGUUUCCAGUAGGCUAGCUGAAAUAUUUCCUUGGAGCGUUGAGGAGUUAUCUCGUGUCAAUGAUGUUGACUGCCAGCUAAUAGAUUUAUUGUUUUGUGACGGACUUUACGAUUGGCAGGCUCUGUCUCUUAUUGAGCUGGACGAGGCUAUUUUAUCUCUAAAGCACCUGGGCACAAGCAGGUUCAUAAGGCUUGUCAAGUUUUACAACCUUUACAGGUUUACGAUAGAGCGUCCCAAACUUUGGCAGCUCAUUCUUAGUAAUUCUAGGCUAACAAACCAAAUUGAAGCGAAUAAACGGGCCAUUCUUGACUCUGAGCAGAUCAUGUGCCCAGAGGACAUAAUAGAAACUAUUGAAAUGUAUUAUUCCUCUGAGGACUGGAAAAACGAAAUCUUAAUGCUGGAGAGAAACAUUAGCAAGUUAAAUAUGUUUGUCUCUAUGUCACAGCACGCCGCCAAGUUAGCUAUUGGUAUUCGUGCAGAGAAGGAUGCUUUAAUUAACAUUAACAUUACGGACGAAGAAAUUCUGGAAGUCAUUGCCAACUGUUCAAAAAUUCAUCAAACCAGCCAGCAUUUGUAA